GAGGCCCGAGCGCCGUAUGCGCCGCAGGCCUCCCCUGCAUGCGAGCUCCCCACAGGAACUACGACUCAUAUGUAGAUCCUUCGCAGAGCGCCCGCGCUCCGACAGACAGUGAGCAUCAUCACAACCAUUCACUCCAACCCUCCAGUUCCUGGGCAGCGACAAGCCACCAUGUCGAUAUCCACGUCGCCCUCGCUCACCAACAUGGCCAUGCUUCUCACACCCUCGUAUCUUGGAUCCCGAGACUCCGACCCCCAGGCCACCCCCGGGUCGUCCCUCCCCACCGACGACACCCCCAGCACGCCGUCAUCCACACAACCAGCAAAACGACCCAAGACCAGACCCAAGUACACCCACCCCUGUGACGCAUGCCUGCUCCGCAAGGUCAAAUGUGACCAGUUGACACCAUGCUCACGCUGCGUCAAGCUCUCGCUCCCGUGCACCAACAAGCGUCAGCGCAAACGGUCGGGAGGCGCCAGACUCCGCCAGGAGACCAGGGAGGCCAUCUACCGCAACGCCCUGGACGACCCCAGCAGCGGAACGCUCUCCACCACCAGGCGCACCUUCGUGCCCACGCUUCCCAUGGACAAGCUUCUCGCAUGCUUACAGAUCUACCAGACGUGGUACUACGGGGUGUGGCCGGUGGUAAGCGUGGCCCAGUUGAUCCUGCGGUUGGUGACAGCGUCCAGCGCGUCUGCAGCGGUCGCCAGCUUCGACACCACCGACAACAUCCAGGCGUACUCGUUGGCGUGUGCGUUGUCUGCAGCCAUCGCCAUCCACGCCACCUUCAUCACCACCAGCAACGCGCUCAUCUCGCUACCGCCAGACCUCGACCUCCCCUACUUGGUGGACGAGGCCGUGCGUGCACGCAACUUCUACAACUACCGCCACCACCCGUCGCCCGAGAGCUUGCUCACCUCGUUCUUCCUCUACGUGUACCACGUCAACGUCAAAGGGUGUCUGGCGUCCGCCAUCAUGUACUUGCGCGAGGCCAUCACCAUGGCGCAGGUGUUGGGCAUGCACAGCGAAGGCAUGUACCACAGGAAGCUGCCUGCAGAAACCCACCGCUUGCGCAAGAUCUACUUCCUCCUCUUGGUGACCGAGCGGUUCAUGAGCAUCGAGGACGACUUGCCCAUCAUCCUCGAGCCGUCCAUCCCCUACCCGCUGCUCGAGGACGAGGAGUACCCGUGCUUGCUCACGGGCUUCACCCAGCUUGUGCGGGUGUUUUCCAUCCCCGACAAGUCGUUUUUUGACCGCAUCAUCGCCAUGAAGGUCGGCGCCGCAGACACCGCCAGCGGCGGCACCAGCGCCCCUCUCUUGACCGGCGGCGCCCCCACCCCUGGCUGGUGUUCCGCCAACUGGAUUAUCAGCGUCCAGCACCAGUUGAGCUACAUCAAGAUCUUGACGGAGAUCCCCGACGUCCAGAAGCUCAACAUCUUGUUGAGCAAGUACUGGAUGAAGUCGCUCACCUGGGACAUCACCAAAAAGAACGACUUGUUGGUGCUUGGCAACACCAACGUGGACGAGAGUUUGCAGCCAAUUCUCCCCAUUCUCAUAGCCGAGCAGUUUUUGCACGACACCAAAGACCUCCCGCUCUUUGCGUUCGAGUCCAACGGCCCGGGCGUGUGUAUCAAGUUGAUCGGCAUGGCCGAGGGCCUCAUCGACUCCAUCAGCAUCAUUGGGUUCAAAAACGAGUUGAAUCCGUCGCAUGUAGGCUUCCAACACCUCAACAAGAUCUACACGCUCAUUUCGAAGCUCAAAAACGACGUGACAUUGCCGACGGGAGAGUACGAGAAAAUCAAGCACUUCAUAGUGGCCAACUCCAGGGCCACCAGCUUGCAGGUGCCCCGGACAGGGUACAUUUCCGAGGUGGAGGAGAGCGACGAGUCGCCCGAUGGGCAACAUGGGCAAAAUGAUAAUGGACAGCAAAGUCAGGCAAAUGGACACCAAAGCCAGGCUAAUGGACACCAAAACGUGCAGAAUGGGCAGAGUGCCCAAAACUUCCAAAAUGGGCAGAAUACCCAAAACCUCCAAAAUGGGCAGAGUGCCCAAAACCUCCAAAACCUCCAAAACCACCACGACCAGCCUCCCUCGCUGGACGAACUGGCCCAGGGGUCCCCGUUCACCCAGAUCACAAAGGCGUUUUGCAUGCCCUCCAUGCACCCAAACAAGCCGUUCGGUGUCAGCUUCGACGAAAUCCUCACCCCAGAAAACUUCGACAGACACGAGUUCAGGGCCCCUGUGGGCGUAGGAGGCAUACUCAACUACGAGGUUCCGGGGUUCCACUUUGAAGCCAUGCAAGAAAACCAUUCAAAUGCCAUGGUGCAAGUAGAAGUGAUGCAUCACCCUAAUCAGGGAAGCAAUCAGGUCAUGGUUAAGGAUUACGACGAAUACGUGGACUCGACCUCGACCAGUUCGACCACAUCGUCGGAAAAUAGAAGCACGCCUAUUUCGUGGAAUUAAUCAGGUGCCAGGAAGGCAAAGGAAAAGGGUUAUAGAUUAAUGUACGAGUGUGCAAGAAGAUGUAGAGAUCGAUGGCAAGUAUAGUAAGAGGGUAGAAGAUUGGAAGAUUAUCUAAGAUGAACCCAAACAGCGGCAUAAAAAGAUGACAGAUGGAAUGAACAGUCAUAAUAGGAUUUUCCAGACGACAAAAUCAUCAACAUCUGUUUUAUAUACAAUGCAUAUUAAUAGCA